AUGGCCCCCGGCUCGCCCCCACCGGUGCUGCCUCAGCGCCGACACGAUUUGGAUGUAGCGAAACAGCAGCUGGUCUGCAUCGUUACUAUCAUCGCGACUCUCUUUGUUCUUUGCCCAGAACGGUACCAGCUGUACCGAAACCUUGCCGUUAUCCCUGUUAUAGCCUAUGUUACCUCUAGAAUUUUUGAUUUGAUUAUCUCGUUGAACGAGAAGUGGGAUAGAGCACCAGCCGUGGUGAAGUACUUUGUUCCUGUCCAGAUACCCGAAAUCGCACCUCCAACAGAGCAAAUUUGUUGUUUGGUGAAGAAUCAGAUAGCCACCUCUGGCGAUAAAGUGCACCAAUUCUCAUUGCAACUGAGAUCUAUAGUGCGUGCACUGGUUGACUGGAUCUUGCGUCAAACAGGUGGAUCAUCCAACAAAACUUCCCCAGGUUCUGAAGGGAAAACACACAAACAAACAAAGCAAGACAGAUGGGUAGCAGUCCUCGUCACUACUCCAGUUUAUGAGGAGCGGAACCCUUUUCAGAUCGACGCGGAUAUCGAUAGCGAAAUUCUCGAACUCAUCUCCUGGGAAAGCAGCGAGUUAUCACCCAAUUUGGCGAUUAUUCUGUCAUCAACUUUCAAGGUGCAAUUAACACUUUGUCUCAUUCCUAAGAGUAUCUGGUUUUCUCGCAAGACCCUCCUGGAGAAAUUCACGACGGGUCUUUUCUGGAGUCACCAGCCAGGGCAAUCACACUGUCAAGGGCAGCAAUGGGAUGAAGAUAAGAUACGGACUAUCUCGAGAGUCCAGUAUAUUGGAAAGGUAGAUGAGCACAAGGACAUUGUCAAAGUCAACGAGUGCUUCGACUCCCUUCGAAAUGGAUGGAAUGAUGUCAACACCUACUGGAGCGACGUCGACUAUGCCAUCUUAUUUGCCUUCCUUCUUGUCGGAAAAUCGUCGACGGAUGUUUGCAAGAAGAUGUUCGAUCACUUUACCAACCUCCGAGUUGAAUAUGCUCAACGCAACACUGAUUUAAACCGCUCGCGUGCUGGCGCCGCUCUCUUGACGUUACUGACAGGUGGCCUGGCUGCCCCCGUCACGAUUCCAAUGAUGAUGGGAGCUGGCGACGCCAUGUCAGCGAAUGAUCGUUACCUGUGGGGAGAAAGAAUGAACUUUUGCAAAGGACUCUUGGAGCGCUACAAAGAACUGGCUGCAAUUAUCGAGUUGAAGGAUAUAGAGAUCAACGUUUCGAAGCCAGUAGCCUUACCCCCAGCUUUAGAGACAAGUUGGUUGACAGAUGAUGCUUGGUAA